CCAGCAAGCAACGUCGAUUUCAUGUUCAAGCGCCUGGCCAAAUUCAAGCGACAGAGGGAGAGGGAUGAGGAGAAGGGCAUCGAUAUUAGCCAAGAUGCUGCACCGGAGACCAUGAUGGACGAGGACGAGGAUAGUGAGAGCGAGAGCGAGAGUGGGAGCGAGGAUGAUGACGAGGAGGAGCUCGAAGUCGAGGCCGAAGAGGAAGAUGAGGAAGAUGAAGAAGACGGCGAUGACGACGAAGACGCCGCAUCCGAUGCCUCUUCUGGCCUCUCAGUCCCGCCAAUCAGCAUCAGCACCUCCCUCACCUCCCCUUUCUACACAUCCCCCGACUCACCCCUCAAAGCCGGUCAACCCUGGACAUCAUGCGUUUGCUGCCCACUCGCACAACUCAAGUCAACCCAGCAAGUCGACGUACAUGCAGGGAGCAAAGCACAUAAGCGUCGACUAGACCGUUACAGGACCUUUGUGAGGGAGAAGCUCACCAGGACGGAGAGGGAAAAUGACUUCGAGACUGGAGGGGCAGAUCCGAGAGCUAUUGUGAGGGAGAUGGAAGCGGAGCAGAUGAGGAGAGAGGAAAAGGAGAAGGCUACGAGGGUGAAGGUAAAGCCAGCCUCAAAGCCAGCAUCUUCGAAGAAUGGGUCAGCGCCGUCUGAGUGCGCAGAGGCUGGGCGAUCAGAGAAGGCAAAGGCCAGGCAGGAGCGCAAGAGGGCCAACAAAAUGGCAUGGAAGCAGGCAAAGGAGGAGCGCCGUAAGGCCAACAAGGAGGCGAAGCAGCAACAGCAGGAUAAGAAGGACGAGGCUGCAAAUGGUGACGAUGCAGAGCCAGCGGCUGAACAGAACGGUGCAGACAUUCAGACUGCCGCCGCAUCGCCAGCAGAGUCAACGAAGAAGGACAACAAGAAGAAGGACAAGAAGCGCAGCCGCGAAGAGGAAGGUGCAAAUGGCGCAGCAGCCGAGCAGCAAGGGCCCAUCGAGGCAAAGAUCUCCUCUACGGCCCGCAAUGAUGAGGCGUCGCCGGGCAAGAAGAAGCAGAAGAAGAAGAAGAAGCAAAAGAUAGCGGCUACGCCUGUAGCGGCUUGAGCGCAGGCUAUCGGACGAGCAGCGGGCGUCCUCUUCAUUGUACUUGUAUCGUUACUAUGCAAUCAUUCGUCUCCUUUGGCUUUGCCUCAGACGUUGGCCCCCUGGUCGGGUUGGUGGGAACGACACGACGGCCGGCUCAGAUAGGACAACCCGUGCAGCACACUCGAGUACGCUGCGUCACGCCGCACUGGUUGUGGUUUUGUUGAUGUU